GUGCAGCUCGUCACGCGAGUGACGUGCACACGUACGUACACGUGAGAUACAGAAACGCGUCGUGAUUCAUUAGACCGUUUCAAACUGUGAAACCGCACUGCCUCUUCAAACUGCGCAGACGCCAACAAAUAUCACUAGUAUGCAAAUCCAGGCUAAAGCAUACCAGAAUGGCAGUUGAUACAUGUACCUGGAAGAGUGGUUUCUAAAUUCUAGUUAGACACAACGUCAUAAGGAGAUACGCUGGAAUAGGAGCUCGUCGAUCAUCGUUGGAAAAAUUCGCUCGUAGGCUAGGCCUGACAGAUCUCGAUCCCAACGUUAAAAGACACGCAUGCGUACGCGUGGCCGUGGGUAUGUGUCGUCAGAGCCACAGCCCACGACGAGCCUCCACCGUGCACAGGAACAGACUUCGCUCGAUCGCCAUGUUGUCGUCCGUACAGUUGCAUGAUCAAUUUGGAUCCAAGUAGCUUGAGACAACUUGGAAGGUGUCUGCUAUAUUACUUAGAACACACCAGUCUCGUACUUGGAGUGACCUACAUUAAUCCUUCAUUGGCUGCUUCAAGAAUUAGUAUGAGCAGUUUUCAGUUUUCCACGCCGGAAAACAUUGCCAAAGCACAGCCCAUAUGUGACCUUCGACCUCAAACUGGCAACCAGCACCAAGUCCUGGCCUUCAGGAACAGUUCGGUCAAUCUUGAGACUUGGUCUGUGGCCUUUGCGCCUGACCGUUCCUACUUUGCCUGGUCAUCGGGAAACUGCAAAGUUAGGCUCAUUCCCUGGGACAACCAGAGAAACACUGUAUUGGACAUAACCAAUGUCAGUGGCAACGUCAUCCGAUAUGGUGACAUCAACCGGCAGCAGAAUCCACAGGAACAACAACAGCAGCAAGAGCAACAGCAGGUGACAAAGGACGUGAAAAUCGUCCAGUGCACUGACCCUGUCUGGUCCCUGGCCUUCGGUGCCUCCAAGCCCCACAAGAAGUGGAAGCACAUCAAUAUCAAGUACCAUCACUUUGAGCACUUGGACUCCAGCUAUGACUUGAUCAUCGCCAUCGGUCUCAAGUCGGGCAAGAUCAUGACGGUAGACAUCGCCACAGAGCAAAUUCUCCUUCUGGUGGACCACAAGGAUGUCAUCCGCGACCUAAAGUUCAGCCCAGACGGCAGCUUGAUCCUCCUCUCUGCCUCGCGGGACCGCACCCUGAAGGUGUGGGACCUGAAGGAUGAUGGUAAUAUGGUGGUGACACUGCGGGGCCACUCCAAUUGGGUGUACGCCUGUGCCUUUGCUCCGGACAUGAGCAUGCUGGCCUCGGUCGGCUCUCAGAAAUGCGUUAUUGUGUGGGACAUGAAGGACCGCAACCUGAGAAAGUGCAAGAUACUGCGGCGGUUGACGGGGCACCAUCACGACGUGGUUGCCUGUGAGUUCUCACCGGAUGGAGCGCUGCUCGCCACAGCCUCCUAUGACACCAGGGUGCUGCUGUGGGACCCACAUCUAGGAAAACUGCUUCAAGAGUACCACCAUGUCUUUCCACCCCUGUCAAUUGUCUUUGCUGGAGGCUGCAACAACAACUAUGUAAAACACAUGGCCUUCUCACCAGACGGCAGUCACUUCGCUACGGUCUGCGAUGACAAGUACAUUCGUUUCUGGUCCCUGUUUGACACGUCAGACCCUGUCUCAGUCUCUGAUGUCCGUGGCGGUCUAUGUUGCAGCUACUCAGCAGAUGGGCAUGUCCUCGCUACAGGGACAAGAAAUGGCACGGUGCAUUUUUUGAUGGCCCCCAAGGAGGUGCAGACCCUGCAGCACACCUGCCGCUUGGCCAUCCGUCGAUUGGUCCCCAACACUAACGACCUAGACAUGCUGAACCUGCCACCGGGACUGAGUAGUUACCUGCGGUAUGACAUACUCUCCUGAGACAAAGUUGCUGAAUUGGACACACUUCUCAACUUCUUCAGGGUUCAAGGUUCUAACCUAUGCUAAUGCCUUACGAAGCCUUUUUGAAUGGUGCCGUCAUGUCACAGUUCAGAGUCAGGGGUCAAGGGUCACGUGAACCAUGGUAUGUUUAUAAUUGACGAUAAUGCCCCCCUGUGCUCCCACCUUAUCUUUCCUGCAGCAAGUCAGCAGCAUCAUCAGGUUUGCAAGUAUUUUCUGAAUGCUUCCUGUCACAGUAGGAUUAGACUGUAAUAAUGAAGUAUCGUGUCAAUAGCUAGAGUGUUCUAGUUAUACACAGAUUAGGGAUAAGGCCUGCACGUAUACCUAUCCUGUAGAGAAUGGUACAGGAAUUUUACAUUCUGCGGGGAAUUCCCCUUUUUUUCAGUAUUGGCUAUUUGGAUGAAUUCUACUGCAGAAUGUUUUGCAAAUUCUUUACCCAUGUCAAGAGUUCUUUCAAGUCUGUAGAUUAUGUGCAUUGAUAAUCUUUGGAACGCUGCAAGUGUAGAAUGUCUGAAGUAUCCUCUGGUCUGAGGCAGUUUCAGUAGAUCAUUGGCAGACGUGUCAGUUUCAGUUCAUCAAGGGCGGAAUACCCCCUCAAUACAAAAACCAAAGGAGUUUGUAAUCAAUCAGAGGGGACAUACAUGCAUGAAGUGUUGUAAAUGGAGGUUGUUUUGUAUGGACGGAUCCAUUUUGUUGAGGAAAUUGUUUCUGAGUAGCUGCUUAGCUAAAAAUUAACCUGUUGCCUCCUCCUUAGAUUUGGCAAAGGACCUGCCAUUUUUAAACCCCCUCCUUUAGAAAGUGGGGUCUUCCCUAAUGCCCUUUGUCAGUAAUAGGAAUUGUUGCCAAUGCAGAUUUCGGAGCUUGCCUUCUGUGUUCAGACAGACUCUUCCUUUAAAAGCAGCUGGACUCACUCAGUGUGUCUGAUUACCGCACUCAUGCUUACCUGUGUCUGUGUUUAAGAGAAGGACAUGUGCAAGCUGGGGUUAUAAAGAGUCUCGUGUUACGCAAAGAGCAGGUCACAUGAUUCAGUUGAGGUUUUUCCAUUCUAAUUUCACUACUGGUUGCUGUUUCAAAGGGACUCUCCAUUCAUGAUAUAGGAAUAUUUUUUGAGGGAGAGGGGCAUUUUUCCUGGGGUGAAUUUAUCCAGUUCUCCUUGCUUUUGUAGUAUACAUGUAAAUAGAUAUUUUCUAACCUUUCUAUGUGACUUGCAGAUGUAUUGAUCCAGUAUUCUAACAAUUUAGCGAUGCUGGUGCACUUGUACUUUCCAAAUUUCCAUAAAACAGGGUUUUUGCAAGUCUCAAAAAUCGAUGAUAGACAUGCAAAUCGGUUUCACCUGGGUUUGAACAGAAAUGUUUAUGUAUAUAUGUGUAUGUUCCUUGGAAGUCUGAAAAUAGUGCCUAAUUUUUUAACUGUCCUUUAUUAACCACAUUUGGCGGGAUGAUGUCGCACAUAAGAGGACAGUAUUUGAAAAUGAAUGGCAACAAGUCAAACACCUUCAAAUGCUGACUUGACAGAGUCACCUGAAUUAUGCUUUACCUCAUUAUUUUCCUUUGUACUGUGCAACUUUCCAAGGCCCGGUCAGAGCAACCCCAUACCCAUGGGGUCAGCAGUGCACCCCCAAGGCUACCCACUCUCUUGUCCUGGCAAUUAGAUCAUUUGCAUAGCCAAAAUUUGUGGAUAAGUACAUCAGUGAGAAAUAGUCUGGUGCCUGAUUGUGCUUUUAACCAGUGUCCGUUGUAGUACACAUUGCCCAGUAUAAAAACAGCGUUAGUUCUUCACAACGUGAUUUAUCAGAAACUGCUUCUUUUUCAAAAGACAAAAAAAAAAGAAAUCUGAUCCAGCUGAUAUGCAGUGUCACACUUCAUAUCAAUAUAAUCAAAAUGGAAAAGUGGGAAUUAUUUGACAAGGAAAGUGGAUGUAACAAUUCACUUCAAAAGCGAAACACGUAAUGCACGUUGACAUAUAAAUGCAUGUACAUGUAUACUGUACAAAUUGUUUCCUUGCUGCCGUUUCGAGUCAGUAUACAGCAAGAAAGCGUCCUAUGCAUGAUUUACUAUCAUGGAAGCCAAGCUGGAAGUGAUUUUUAUGAAGUAACUGCUGGGGACAAGGUGGCAGCCACAGUGGUGACAGUGGUGACAAAACCGCAGAAAACAGCCUAUGUCCACUGCCAUAGACUUGAGUGACAAGUCUUAACAAUUUAACAUGUCAGCUUAGCAUGUGAAUGUGCCUAGCCAGAUGGUAUUUUCACGUCCUCCAGAGUGAACUAGUGAAAUUUUGUUGUUUGUAAAAACUCCACACUGGUAUUCCAGUAUUACAGCGGAGUCAACUGCAAUCAGAUGCUUGGAAAUGGAGAAUUGAACUCUGUUGAAUUGAGAAUAGGUUUUGCACUUGCAGUUUCAUUCCACCAACACAAGAUGUUCCAGCAUGCUGUAAAAGCGAGCCAAAAGUGAAGUUUCAGAUCAAGGGAACAGUCACAAACCCAGUGUUCUUGCAAUAUUCAUUUUUUUUUCUUGAACUUUUUUAAGUACAUUGGGUUUCCAGUUGACUUUGCUGCAGUCACUUUGCAAUGUUGAUUUGUGUACAUAUGUACAUGCACUUGGAGCACCUAGUUUCUUUGUAAAUACAAUAUCUUUGGGCUCAGAAGCAAUGACAGUUUAAAGGUUGAACUAGCUCAUUCGCAUGAUCAAACAGUAUGUAUUAGAAUCUUAUCUUCAAACUUAUAAGCAAGGACAGUGCUGUGGUGCUUCAAACUGCCUGUUAUUCUUUGAAUUAAUUUUAUAUACCUGAUCAGAAAAUCUUUGAAAAAUGAAGGGAUUGUGAUGAAGGGGGGGUUAAGUAUUUCCCUCAAAACUGUGGGGACGGCAUGUACAGUUCAACCGCAUUAACAAGAGGUCCUUUGGACUUUGCAGAUUACGUUGUUUAACAGGAACUUUGUAUUAUCAGGAAGGAAAACAAUCAAGAACAAAGGAUUGGGAUUUAAAAAUUUCUGUAUAACCGUAAUGUUCUAUAAACAGUGCUUUCAUUAAUGAGGUUGGGCUGUUCAUGUAAUUACAUGUGUGCUCGUCACGUUCUACAGCCAAUGUUUUAAAUGCAUGAAUUAUGGCAUGAUAUCCAUAUUACAUGUACAGCAACACUGAAAAUAAUAUGCCUGCCUAAGUUUAAAGGAUUGAUUGGUGAAUUCCUUGCAGAAAUAUUACAUGGCCUAGUGAGGUUUACUGAAGAAAGUUAGUGUGGGCACACAUUUAAUGCGCAGUACGCAAACAAGUUUUUGCCAAGGGUACAUCCAAACUUCUAAUAUCAUCACAAAGGAGCACAUCUGAACAUUGGCAUAGGCAGAAAUAGCCCUCACAAGUGUCUGUUAUUAUCUCAUUCUUCAAUAUAAGAGGCACUCUACUUGUGUACAGGUUCUGUUUUUUUGUGUUGUUCUGUCCUUGAGCUGGAUGUUAUAAAAUGUUUGUUCCUGGAAUGUACAUGUAUACUCAUAAAAGCAAGUCAACAAGGUGUCGUAUUAUAUUUUCUGCAGAGUACAUGUACAGUACAUACACAUGUAUAGCAAAGAAUUGUAUGCGGAAUAUGUCAAACAUCAGAACUGUCUGGUCUGUUGUCUAAGAUGAAAUAUUACCAUAGUGCCCACUUUUAUUGUGGAUCUGAAAUAUUUUAUAUUUUUGUCGUUGAAAGGUGUCAUGAAUGUCUUCAAGAUGUCAAUGAAAUCCCAGUUUACAGCCAAGUUGUUCAGGAUCUUGGCUGAUUACAGAGCAUUUACUGUUGACAUGUUGACACACAUGAACUGGACACACACAUGCAUAAAUGUAGGCCCACAUAAAUUCUUGCUACCAAAGUAUUGUUUGCUAAUCUGCCUUAUACAGGGUUUCCACAUAAGAAGUAUGCCAAGAUAAAAAUGACUAAUAGCAACACUACUUUAUAUACAUGUACGGGGAAUAGAAAUAUAUCUCUGAAAAGGGCAGAUUGCCCUCUUUGCAGUGGUAUACAGCUUGUGAUGUUAUUGACACAGAUGAAUGAACAAACUAGAACUGAAAUUGGCACUGUCACAAGUUUGCAUAUUUGAUUAGUAAGGCUCAACCAUGCAAGUGUGCAGAAUACCAAAUGCCUUUGCUUUAAGAACACAUUCUUGAAAUUAAGGAAUGUACCUAAAUCAAUCUAAUCUGCUUCCUUUUUGCUACUCUAUGCGCUGUGCCCUCCACAUGGCCACCAUUCCUGUCAAUGCACGUCUGACAUCUUAAUGUAAUUUUUAUCUCGAUAUACUUUUUAUGGGGACACCCUGUACAACUAUCAUAUUAUUUGGUUGAGGGUUUUUCAGCAAAUGACCAGUAUUUUGGAUUGUAUCAGUUGGUAAGCUGCAGAUGAUGUGACUGUUGUUUUUUUUACCUUCACUAGAUAAAAGCCCUUACCGUGUAAGCAGAGAAAGUAGCAGGACUCCAUACAGGAACCGUAACUUUUACAGUUUGUAAAUAUCACAGGUCACAUCAUCUGUGUCAAGGACAUUUUCCAAUGAGAAAUGCAAAGGAUUGUGACAUCCCUGAUAGUGUUGCGCUAAACAGGAAAAGAUGAAUCACUUGCAAGAUCUGCCAUUUCUUCGUUGAUGUACCAUGAAAUCAUUGGUACAGGUGUGUGAAGAUUGAGGAGUGUUUUUUUUUAAUUUGGCCUCUCAAUUCAUUUGCGUCUGAAAAUACAUGUACACUGUACAUAUACAUGCAGCCAACAAGACAUGUACAGUCCAUUAUUUCCAUGUGUCACUAACGCAAUGUGUACAUUGUUUCUUCUAAGUUAUAUAUAUGUAUAUAUUAAUAUGUACAGAUAAAGAAGUUGGUUUCAGUAAAUAAAAAAACAGCUUUGUUUUGUCUAUUAA